GAAAACAGAGGGCGAUCACCGUUUCUCUUUUCCCCCUCCAGCUGAGCAGGACGAAAGGCGUCACACUAAGAAGAGCGUCCUCCCUCCUGUGCUUCUUUCGCCGGUGUUGGAGUCGCACACUGCACCAGAAGAAGUUGUAUUGAUUGCCACUUUGCUCUGAGAGUUCUGCCACAGCUGCUGCCGCUGCUGACGUGGAUCCUGGAAACCCCGGUCCUGCUCUGGCCCUGCUCAGCCCUCUGCGUCCCGGGUCACCGUCAGGAUGGCGGGCUGUGCCAAGCGCUGCAAACAGGGACUUGUCAAGUUUGCAUUGUCUCUGCACAAACUGGUCACUGGGACCCUCAAUAAAGACAAAGCUGACGAUGACCUGGAGAUGACCAUGGUCUGCCAUCGACCGGAAGGCCUCGACCAGCUAGAAGCUCAAACCAACUUCAGUAAACGAGAGCUCCAAGUGCUCUACAGAGGCUUCAAGAAUGAGUGUCCAAGUGGCGUCGUAAACGAAGACACCUUCAAGCAAAUAUACUCCCAGUUCUUCCCACAUGGAGAUGCCAGCACCUACGCACACUAUCUGUUUAAUGCAUUUGACGCAGGACACACAGGAUCCAUAAAGUUUGAGGACUUUGUAACAGCUCUGUCCAUCCUGCUGAGGGGCUCCGUCACCGAGAAGCUCCAGUGGACCUUCAACCUCUAUGACAUCAACAGAGACGGCUACAUCAACAAAGAGGAGAUGACAGACAUCGUCAGAGCAAUAUAUGACAUGAUGGGGAAGUACACCUACCCUGCCUUGAAAACCGAUGCACCCAAACAGCAUGUGGAUGCCUUCUUUCAGAAAAUGGACAAAAACAGAGAUGGUGUGGUCACUCUUGAUGAAUUCAUCCUUUCUUGUCAAGAGGAUGAAAACAUCAUGAGGUCUCUACAGCUCUUUGAAAAUGUCAUCUAGUCGGCAAACAUUAGGAAGACGGUGCAACAGAUGACAACACAGAGAAAAGAACAUGGAAGAAAGAAGAAGAAAGACGAACAUGAAUUUGUAAGAAUAAAGGAACAGUUUAACUUGUGAGGAAAGGGGAAACAAGGAGUUUAUCACUUCAGGUGUGACGGUUUGCCACAAAACUGUCCAGGAAGAUAUCUUACUGUAACAAAUCUAUGGCAACAAACCAUCACUGGUUUUGGAACAACUUCUUUAGACUUAAUUUGACCCUUGUGUGACCAUUUACCUCGUCUUCAUCUCCCCCGUUUGUUGCUGUUGUUGCUGUCAUCAUGGACAGUGUGUACUUCGUGCCACUCUGUAAAUACUUCCCCCCUCACAUUUUGUUUUCGAGCGGGACCGAAAUACCUAAAAAGCAGCUUAGCAGUGAGAUCAACAAAAUGCACAUUUUGGUCAUUAGAAGCUUAAAUAAUAGCUGUUUUCAUCGUGAAUUUCUGCGUCAGUACGGCAAACAUGAGCAAUAUUGUGAAGCAUGCUAAGACGGAGGCCUACAGGAUAUUUAAUGUGUGCGCCAUAGAAACCUGGUGCAAUAUACUCAAACUCAAAUGGUCACGUUUCAGAGUGGAAGUCUGAGUCAGCAUCUCACAGAGCCACCUCUUCUGUUUUCAGACCAGUUUGGAAACAGGCUUGUAAAGGUUUGCAGAGCUGAAUGUGACCUCGGUCUGCUUGCGACAGUCUUAUGUCUCGUGGCAGCUUGUAUCAAAAGCCUCGCUGACACCUCCUGUGCGUUCCAGUGUUGUCGAUCAGUAUCUGAGUGUUGUAACGACUUGACUGUAGAUAUUUAACUGUUGUACCUGUGGCUUCUUCUCAACGUCUGGAUUCAUUCGUGUCUGGAUUCAUUCGUGUCUGUCUGUGCUUCUGACUAGCUGUCUGUCUUUCUGUCCGAUUGGAUUUAACUCUGUAAUUAUUUUCCCUGACACUCAUUGUUACAAAGAGCCCAUGUCAAGGUUUACCUGUAUCCAGAUGGAGAACAAUACAGGGCUGUGCAUGUGUUUGUGUGUGUGUGUGUGUGUGUAUGUGUGUGUGUGUGUGUGUGUGUGUGUGUGUGUGUGUGUGUGUGUGUGUGUGUGUGUGUGUGUGUGUGUGUGUGUGUGUGUGUGUGUGUGUGUGUGUGUGUGUGUGUGUGUGUGUGGCGUCCUGAUGUAAAGGCCCUGUUAGCCUGAAUAUUAAAGUGUCAUUUAUUCUAGCAUGCAGCUUCAUCUUGUUGACACCAGAGAGGAGAGUUUCGUGUUCACCUCUGUCUGUUCAAAACGUCGACUCAGAGCGACCAACAUUUCACUGUGAGGGAAAGACGCUGGAAGGAGGGAUGACGGAGGGACACAAAGAUGAGAGAAAUAAGACAGCAGAUGAGAGUUAAAGACCUUUUCACUGAUUCUGGAGGAAUGGAAGCCAUGUUUCAAACAAGAGCCAUCAUUGUGAAGACUGAGCAGCACAAAAAAAUACAGAUUUAUAAAUGAUUUGCUGUCACACUCACUCACUGUGCUACCAAUAGUGUAAUUAAAAAAUAAAUAAAAAAACCUUACUGAGAUGUGUUGCAGCUCUUAAAUGUACCCAGACCUACAUCUAGACAGACUGACAGAUAGAAAGACGGACAGGCAUACAGACAGACAGACAGACACUUAAAACUGUCAGAAUGAAAUAAUGUGUGUAUUGAAAUA